AUGUCGAUCAAGCACUGCGACAAGCACGACUGCGAGCGGCGGCGGCUGUACCGCCAGUUCUGCGCCGCCCUGGUGGCCGUCAUCCUCCUCAUCCUGCUCAUCAUCCUCAUCGUCUGGCUCGUGCUCCGCCCCACCAGGCCGCGCUUCUACCUCAACGGCCUCACCGUGGCGUGCCUCAACGCCACCUCCUCCCCGGCGUCCUACCUCACCGUGACGCUGCAGGCGACGAUCGCCGCCCGCAACCCCAACUCCCGCGUCGGCAUCUACUUCGACCGGACGGACGCGUACGCCGAGUACAAGGGGCAGCAGGUGACCGUCCCGACGGCGCUCCCCGUGGUGUACCAGGGCCACCUGGACGUCUCGGUGUGGUCGCCGUUCCUGGUGGGGUCGAACGUGCCGCUGGCCCCGUACCUGGCUGUGGCGCUGGCGCAGGACGAGACGGCUGGGUACGUGCUGCUCACGGUGCGGGUGGACGGCUGGAUCAGGUGGAAGGCCGGGGCGUUCAUUACGGGGCACUACCACCUCCGGGUCAGGUGUCCCGCCCUGCUCACCGUCAACGGAGGGCAGGGCAGCUACGGCUCCAUCGCCGGCGGCGGCGGGAACGGGUACUUCAACUUCCAGCGCGCCGCGCCAUGCGUUGUCGACGUCUGA